AUGAUGAUGUUAGAUAAUAAAAAAAAAUUAAAAAAUUCAGAAACAAUUUAUAAAUUCAAUUAUCCAGAAGUUAAUUUAGAUACAAUACCACAAGAAGUUUAUGAUUCAGUACUUGAAAGAAAUAAGAAAUCAACACAAUUUAAAGAUGAACCAAGAUUAUUUUUAGGUAAACAAGAAUCGUUAUAUGAUAUAACAGAUUUUGAAAUUUAUUUUUCAAAUAAGAAAACGGUAAACAAUAAAUCAUCACCCGAUAGAUAUAUUUAUAUUGAUAGGAUAAAUUCAGAGAAAAUGAAUUACUACAUCCAAGGUGUGAUCACUGGUCCCCCUGGUUCAAAAUUUUUUAAUCAAUUAGUAAGUGCAGAGAUAUCAGAAUACAGUUUACAAUAUGGUGCAAAAGAAGAAUGGUCCCUAUGGAUUCAAGUUUCCUGUGAUUCUUGGUUUAGAUUAAAUCAACCUUUCUCUGCCUAUGGUAAAUUCUUUUCACCAAUGUUUUAUAGAUUUAAAGUCAUUAUGAAUACUUCGGAAUUUUUUGAAACAAAAGUUAAAAAUAAAUCAACAAAUAAAUAUAAUUUAGAAGUUUUAGAGAAUUAUAUUCAUAGAAAUUAUGAUGAUUAUCAAAUUGGUGAUAUACUUGGAUUUAAAGAUGAAGUUUUAAAACAUGUUGGUGAAUUUUUAAAUAUAAAUAUAAAGGCGCAUGAAGUUAUUUCUAAAAUAAAUAGGGAGAUGGAUUUAGCAAUUAUACAAAAAAAAAAUUCUGCAACAAUUAAAAAUAUUGAAAUUAUUAAAUUUCUACCACCUCAAACAUAUGUAAAUGUAUUCAUAGAUAGAAUUCAAACAGAAAUUGGUAAAGAACUUAAAAAAACGAGAAUUGACACCAUUGGUUGUUUUAAAAAGAGAUUUUUAGAAAGAAUCCAAAAUACAUUAACAAAUGAUGAUCGUGAUAAUAGUGAAGAAAAUGGAGAUGAUGAAGAUGAUGAUGAUGAUAACGAUGAUGAUGAUAAUGAUGAUGAUGAUGAUGAUGAUGAAGAUUAUGAUUAUGGUGGUGGUGAUAGUAUUAGUGAUAGUGUAAUAUUUAAAAAUAAUGAUCAUAAAAAUAGUAGAGAAGAUUCAAAUAGUAGUACAGAUGAUAAUCAAGAGUGUAUUUCAAAUUAUGAUUUCAAUUAUAACUAUGAUGAUGAACUUCAUCAAAAAGAAGCAAUCUUAUCUGAAAAGAGAGAGAGAGAUACUGGUGUCAAUCCAGAUUCAAAUGAUGUACUAUCACAUGACUACCUUUUAAAAGAUGAUAUAUUAUGUUUCAAAAAUUUACCUUUGGAAACUAUAGUUUAUAAAGCCUAUGGCAGUUUAUUCACUUUACCAGGCCUAGAUAUCAAUUUAGAGACCUCUGAUAAUUUUGAUUUCGACACUAAUAAUGAAUUCACUGAUGAUGUUUUACCAUUUUUAAUUUGUAGAGUUUGUGGUCACGCUAGACAAAUCGUUGGUGCAACUUGUGAUCCAUCUCAAAAUAUCAAUGAGGAAAUGAGUGAAUCCAUCGUUGAUUAUAUCAUUCAUUUAGAGAAACAUCGUAUGGAAAUUCUAAGAUCAAUAUCAAAGAAAUCCAGAGAUAGAUUAGAUAAAAGUUUGGUUUUUAAUAGUUUUUUAACUCGUUCAAAAGUUGAAAAACUUGAAUCAAAUUCUUUAAAACAAUCUUUAAGAAAAAGAAAAUCAAUUUUAUCUUUAAAAAAGAGAUUAGAAUUAUUAAAAAUUAAAAUUAAAAUUAAAAAUGAAAAUGAAAAUAAUAAUAAUGAAAAUAAUAAUAAUAAUAAUAAUAAUAAUAAUAAUAAUAAUAAUAAUAAUAAUAAUAAUAAUAAUAAUAAAAAUAAUAAUAAUAAUAAUCAUCAAAAUUCCACUAAAAAUAAUCCAGUUUUUAAUUCUUGGCCAUAA